UAUAUCUAUGGAAGCUGACCAGGAGAGGUACCUUGAAGAAGCAGUUACAGUUGUGAGGGAGCAAGCCUAUUUUAUGAAACAGAAUUUGGACCAAAAUAGCUUGAGGGAGGCACUAAAGCACUCAUCAAAUAUGCUCCAAGAGCUUCGGACUGAUCUUCUGUCCCCCAGAAACUAUUUCUCGCUGUACAUGACUGUGUUUGACGAGCUCAUCUUUUUGGAAUCCCACUUUUUGGAAGAGAGGAAAAAUGGAAGGAAAAUGGCCGAUCUGUACGAGUCUGUCCAGCAUGCAUCCCAUAUUAUUCCAAGAUUGUAUCUGAUGAUCACUGUCGGGUCUGCUUAUAUCAAGACAAAGGAGGCUAAAGCUAGUUAUGUGCUGAAGGAUCUUCUUGAUAUGGUCAAGGGAGUCCAGCACCCAAUCAGAGGUCUCUUCCUGAGGUUUUACAUGCUCAAGACCAUGAAGGAUCUCCUACCAGAUAGAGAUAACGAGUUUGAAGAUGAUGAAAACGAUGUCACUGAUUCUAUAGAAUUUAUUCUCAGAAAUUUCAAGGAGAUGAAUAGACUCUGGAUUAGACUCCAGUAUAUGAGCUCACAGAAGGAUGACUAUAAGAAGGAAGAAGAGAGAGAAGAGCUCAAGACCACAGUUGGGGAGAACAUCGAACGCCUGCGCAACCUGGAAGGCCUCACUGCCGAUCUGUAUCAGAAACAGGUGUUACCGAACAUCCUCGAGACUUUGAUCGUGUGUGAGGAUGUAAUGUCUCACCAAUUCUUGAUAGAGUGUGUGAUAAAUUCCUUCCCAGAUGAAUACCAUCUGUUGACUUUGCAGCCACUUCUAGAGGGCAUUUCCAAGCUUCAUAAGGAUGUGGAUAUAAAGACUACUAUUAUCACUUUAUUAGACAGAUUAUCUGAAGUAGCAGGGACUAGCGAAGUUAGCAUUUUCAAAGUCGUCCAGAAGUACGUGGAGGAAGUGUUCAUCAGGUUCAACUCAAAGAUUGAGUCCAACCUUGUCAUCCAGGUUUCCCUCCUCAACUUCGCUAUUAAGUGUUACCCAGGGGAGCUUGAGUACAUCAACUCUAUUUUGGAGUCAUCAGUCAAUUUGAUUAAGAAAUCGAGAUUGGAGAAGUUGUCUCCAGAGAGUAUGAGAUUACUAGUAAAAUUGUUAUCAAUCCCUCUUGAUACUCUCUCCCUCAAGAUUUUGGAGAUGCCUCAAUACCCCCAGCUGCUCAAGUACAUGGCUUAUGGCGGGAGGAGGACAGUGUCUUUGAGAAUUGUCAAAGCAGUUUUCAAGUCAAAGAGAAAGUUGGACAAUCAAGACAUCAUUAACCAACUUUUGUCUUUCAUUGAGCCUUUGCUCAAGGAUGACGAAGAGAUGGAAGAGGAGCCUGAGAGUUACGAAUUCGAAGAAGAACAGCAGAGCGUCUCCAAACUUAUCCAUCUGAUUUACAACGAAGACCUUGAUGUGUAUUAUGAGCUCCUGCAGUUGAUUAAGAAAGAAAUCACUCAAGGUGGGGAGAAGAGAAUGAGGUAUACCCUCCCAUCUUUUAUCUUCAACCUUUUCAAGUAUAUCUACUUGUUGGAUGAUUGAAUCUCCUUGAACAGCAAAGCAGAGGCUGGGAGUCCCACUGAUGUGUACGAAGAAGAAGUAGAAGAUCUUGGUCCUAUUCCAAAGCUUCCAUCAGUGACUAUUCCAAAAGUAUUCAACCAGAUUAACGAAUUACUCCAAGAGAUUACUACUCCAUACCCUGAUAUCACUCUACGCUUGUACUGCCAAGCAGCUCAAGUGAUCGACAGAGUCUAUAACAAGGAAGAGCAGUUAGAAGAAUUUGCAUAUGAUUUCAUCAGUGAUUCCUUGACUGUAUUCCAGGACGAACUCUCAGAUUCCGAUGAAAAGUUAAGAGCCAUCAAGCUCAUCGUGAGCACUCUAUCUCACUUGGAAUGUUUUGACCAGCAAAACUACGAGACAUUGUCAGAUAAUGCAGCUCAGUACUGAAACAAGUUAUUGAAGAAGCCUGAUCAGUGAGACUCACUGAUAGUGGCCAGUCACAUGUUUGUACACAAAAAGUAUGAGAACGGGGAGAGCUUGCGGAAGUGCUUCGCCAGAUGUCUCAAGAUAGCCAAUUCAGCCAUGAAGGACCCCGAGAACUUGUCUCUACUAAUCAGGAUCCUUAACAAGUAUAUUAACUACUUUAUGACAGGAGUUGAGCAGAUCACAGCUGGGGACAUCAAUAAGCUAAUCGAGUUGAUCAAUGAGCAUAUUAAGCAAAUCACCGAGGACGGCAAGAGGGACAAGGUUAAAGCCUGUAUCAAGUUCUUUGAGAAUACCAUUGAAGCACUGAGAAAGAAGAAAAAGGAAAACCAGGCCACUUUUGAGAAUAUCAUUGUUGAGUAAAAUUCAGAGUUAGG